UUAGAAGUAGAAGUCGGUCGGCAGUCGGCACACUCAACAUUAAAACUGAUCUAUACGUACGUGAAAGAAUCAGGCAGGCCUGUCAUGAUUGGAGGCAAAUGGCAUAAAUAAAAUAUUUUAUUACUGAUGAUCCUUCAAAAUUGUAUUUGAUCAUGAUGGGUUCUUUCAUACCAUUCAUUCAGCACCUCAAAGAAAUUUGCCUACUUCAUGCUCAAACUAUAACUACAAACAGUCUUGUAUGUGACAGAACAUCUGAAGACCUGACAGGUGUAACUCCCAAUGAAUAUUUAGUCUUUGAAAAGAGAGAAAUUCAGACUAGCCAUUUGAAAUCUCUAAGUUGCGAUGUAACCAAAUGCUGUGGACAGGCCUUUAAAACUUUGGCUUGUUUAAGAGAACACAAUGAGACUAUGGAUCAUCGGGGUCUAAAAGUGUGCAAGUUUUGUCAUGAGCAUUUUAAGAAAGAGGACUUAUUGAAACACAAGAUUGUAGUACACAAGGAAGUUGGAGAAAAAUGGAAGUGUGAGUUAUGUAAUAAACUUAACUUUUCUAAAUGGAGUCUGAUGGUGCACAUAAACUAUCAUCACUUGAGGAAGGAAAAUACAUACAAAUGUGGCAUUUGUGCUUUAACCUUUCAUUGUAGCAUUAGUUAUGAAAAGCAUCUUAAGAAACAUAAAAUAAGCAAACCAAAGCGUACUAUUUUCCCGAUUAAAUGUUGUGGUAAAAUAUUUUACAAUCAAACAUAUUAUCACCACUUAAAGUCUUUGAGUCAUCAGGGCUUAGUGGCCUGUAGAAAAUGCAAGAUAGUAGUUAAAAAAGAAGCAUUAAUCAAACACAAUGCUGAAAUACACCAGUGUGAAGGGAAAAGGACAUGUGAGGAUUGUAACAAAUAUUUUAGAACUAGGGAUUCUUAUGUAAGACACAGAAAAAACAUUCACAGCGAGAAUGUUCACAAAUGCAGUGUUUGUGCUUCAAUCUUUUACAAUAAAGAAAGUUAUGAGAAGCAUUGUGAAACUCACAGCAGCAUUCCUGUUGAAUUGCCCAAAGGAUUGUUUAAGUGCUGUGGGAUGGUUUUAACCAAGGCUAACUAUACACAACAUGUUAACUCUUUGACUCACCAGGGUCUAGCAAGUUGCAGAGUUUGCUUUCAAGUUUUUAGGAAAGGUGACCUUGUAAAACACAAGGCAGAGGUGCACCGAGAAUUUGAAGGCAAAUUGGAAUGUGAGGUAGGCAGACUAUUUAUUACAGUUGACUUAUUUUUUAUCUUACCGGUACUUCUCAACUUGGUAUUGAAUUUAUGUUUUUCCUUGCAGGAUUGCAAAAAAUAUUUUAAAACUAAAGAAGGUUUUAUAACUCACAGAGAACAAAAUCACAGCGAAAAUGUUUACAGAUGUAGUGUUUGUCCUUCAAUCUCUUACAGUAGAGACAGUUAUGAGAAGCAUUGUGAAACUCACAGAAACAAUUCAGAAAUAACAACAGAUCCCACUAAAUUGCUGAAAGGACUGGUUCAAUGCUGUGGAAAGGUGUUCCCCAAAGCUAAUUAUCAACCGCACCUUAGGACUUUGGCUCACCAGGGUCUUGUGACUUGUGGACUUUGCCACAAAGUCUUUAAGAAAGAAGUUCUAGUAAAACACAGGGCUGAUGUACACCAGGAGAUAGAAAAAAAAUGGAAGUGUAAGGUUUGUAAUAAAUUAUUUUCCUAUAGAAAAUCCCUAAACGCUCAUUUACAAUCAUCUCAUCAGGACCUGCCUGCUCAGGCAUAUUUAUGCCAAAUUUGUGGGAAAAUGUUUAUUUCCUAUGCAAAAAGAGAGCAGCAUUACAAAAAAAUGCAUCUAGGUGCUAAUAAACAAGGAAAAACAACAACAGCAUAGCUUGAGUGUAAGUUAAUCUAACAUUCUCGAUUAUAGAGCUGUGUUGCAGUUUGCAAUCCAAUUUACUAACAGUCCUACUGUUCUAUGGGAUUUUAUUCUACUCUGUAUGCAUUUUGCAGUAAGAAAACAGUUUAUUCUUUAAUUUUUUGUUCUUAAAUAUUUAUUUGAAGUGCAUGAUAUGAGUUUGAGGAACAAUCUGUCUUAUACAAAACUCAUGAUAACAUCAAAUGAAGUUUCAUACAAUGCUAGGAUGUAAUCCACACCGGGCCUUGUGCUGCUGGCCUUUGAGUCUAAGUUUAAAAUACACAAAUGUGAAAUAAAUUUUUUUUAAAUUGUUA